ACAACUCUACGGCGGUAGUGGUGGUGUGUGUGUGCGAACGGAACUGUCAAAUGCAGCAGAAGAUUUAGAAUGUUUAAUUGUACGAAGUACCUCCGUCAUAUCAAAUACUCGGAACAUUUAUAAAUUUUCGUCCGCAACAAAGAAAGGGAGUACCCGCUAAGCUGCCUGCUUAGAAGGCGGGCUACAGAGUGCGUUUUGGUGGCCUAUAGAACUUGGUACGUGCUUGCGAACGGGACUAUCAACAAUAGCUGCAACACCAUGAACAAGCUGGACGACAAUGCACUGUCUCGAAUGUUGGCCUCGUACCGUGACCCUACGGCCACCAAAAAGGAUGUAACAAAUGCGUUGCGAAUUUAUCAUGGAUUGCAGCAUCGGAUGGAAGAGUACGUGUUCAACGAUGGCAAUGCGAAAAUGUUACUGAACCUGCACGGCACCAUACCGGUAAAGUAUAAGGGCAACACGUACAACAUUCCCAUUUGCAUCUGGCUGAUGGAUACGCACCCGAAGAAUGCACCCAUUUGCUACGUAAAACCGACGUCCGAUAUGCGCAUUAAGGUGUCGGCGUACGUUGAUUUCAACGGCAAGAUCUAUUUACCCUAUCUGCACGAUUGGAAUCCGAAAAAUGCCGAUUUGUUGGACCUGAUUCAAAUCAUGAGCGUCACCUUUGGCGAAGUGCCUCCAGUGUAUUCCAAAGGACCAGAAACAACGUACCAGCAGCCAUCGUAUAUGCCACCGACACCGGCCACCAGUACCUCGUACAUACCACCGUACCCAACACAACAGUUCUCCCCGUACCCAGUGGCAGGACCAGGGUACAAUAGCUACGGACAGCCUGCACCCGGUGCAGCCGGACCCGGAUAUGGAAUGCCUUACGGGAUGACUCCCUAUCCACCAGCACCAGGAACAAUAGCAGGACCAACGCCGGGCGUGAACCAAGGCACCGGUACGAUCACGGAGGAACACAUCCGAGCUUCGCUAAUAAGUGCCGUAGAGGAUAAGCUGAAACGUCGGGUGCAGGAAAAAGUUAACCAGUGUCAGGCGGAGGUGCAAACGCUCAAGCGAACCCAACAGGAGCUGAACGAGGGUCAGGUGAAGAUUAAGGAGAUACUCGCACGGCUCGAACGGGACGAGAAGGAACUGACGAAGAGCGUUACCGUGCUGAAGGAUAAGGAAAAGGAGCUGGAACGUGCCCUGGAGUCGUUGGACAACGUGGAAUCGAUUGAUGUGGAUGAAGCGGUCACCACCACUGCCCCACUUUACAAACAAUUAUUGAACGCUUAUGCGGAGGAGGCGGCCAUCGAGGACGCAACCUACUUCAUGGGUGAAGCCCUCCGCAGCGGUGUGAUUGACUUGGAAGUGUUCCUGAAGCAGAUACGGCAGCUGUCGCGAAAGCAGUUCAUGUUGCGUGCCCUUAUGCAAAAGUGUCGACAAAAGGCGGGCUUUAGCGUUUAAUUCUGUGGCGAUGCUGGACGGGUGGGCCCCCGAGGAGCGACUUCUACGACUGUUGUGCUGCAUGUGCUUGUUUCGUUCCGUUUCUGUUAUCUCCUGUCUCUGUGCCUCUUUCCGUUUUGGGAUUGUGUUUGCGGGUUUGCGUAGCGGACCGCCCGUUACUUUACUAUCGUCUUUCAUGAUAUUACAUACUUCCCACUCUCAUUCGUUUCGUGCUAUAUCGCGUACAAUAAAAGCUUACAUAUUUUAAAAGCGGC